UAAAACUUUUCACCUUUUUCUUGAAUAUUUUGGUGUAAAAAAAAAAUUCUGUCUUUCCCCAUCAUAAUCAUCUUCAUUAGCAAUAUCGUUUGUCCUUGAGAUAUAAAACAUCAAUAUCGAUUCAUCAUAUUCAAAAUGUAUAUCGAUUGCAAUCGUUCUGAAUUUUUUUUUUUGCCAAAUCAUUUUAUGGCCAAAAAAAAACAUAUAUUGACGAUGAAGUUAUGAUAGAAUUUACAUAUGACAAAAGUUGGUACACACAUUCAUGUGAGAGAUGUUGAUUUUCCAAGGUAUUCUCAUCAUCAUCAUCAUCAUCCUCAUAAUUAAUGGAAAUGUCUAUCGAUCGAUCGAUCGAAGAGAGUGAGAGAUUUUUUUUUCACACAAAUUUCCAAUGUAAACUUUUGGUCAAAGUUGUUCAAUUUAUGUUUUUUUUUUGUUUUCUUGAAAAUACGGCAUGACAUAACUACGCGCUAUACGGUGGUUGUGUGCAGAUGUGUUUGCUGAAACGAAACAAUUUUCAUUUUUUUUACUAUUCUCGUUCUCUCAUUCUCUCUCUCUCUCUCUCACACUCUUAUUUGAAUGUACUUUUCAAUAUCUGAUGAAGAAAUGAAAUGAAACGAAAACGCGAAAAUCUGGCCCCAAUGACGAACUGAUCGUUAUUGUUUGAACACAUAUAGAUUUUACGUAAAUAAUAUUUUUUUUGUUUAUAUGUUUGUUGUUUCAUUCAUGAGCAUCUACUUUUUUCAUUUGUGUCAUUUUUUUUAUUCGUCGUUGUCAACGUGGUCAACCGAUGAGUAUAUGACAAACAAAAUUAAGAUUGUCACGUCUAAUCUAAAUAUCUGGUCAUCAUUUCAAUCGAAAUUUUGUUUAAAUAUCAUCAAUUAGUUAUUUUUUUACAAAAAAAAAUCAACAAUAAUGGACAAAAAUCAAAACAACAACGAUAAUGACGAUUCUUCACAGAAAAAUUAUUCCGAUACAAUUGUAAAUGUUCGUAAUAAAUUUUUGAAUCACUAUCGAAAUGAUCCAAAAUUAUUUCAUGAAAAAGAUAUCAAUAUGAUCAUGAUGAAUGAUUGGUGGACAUUGCGUUUCAUAAAAUGGAAUCGUGAUAAUGAAGAUAAAGCUCUUAAACAAAUGAUCGAUGCUUUUAAAUGGCGAAAAAUUUUUGGUAUCAAUGAUCGUGAUGCUAAAGAUUUGCCUAUUGAAUUUGCUAAAUCAGCCGCAUUGUUUCCAUUGGGUACCGAUUACAAAGGUCGUAAUGUUAUCUAUAUACGUGUCAAAGUAUAUAGAAGAAUUCAAGUAUUAAAUAAUUUUUUUAAACAAUUUGUUGCCGGUGUCAUCGAUUAUGUUGAUCAAAAAAGUGGUCCAAAUGGUUUUGUUUUUAUGUUUGAUGCAGUCGGAAUGAGUUGGUGGAAUCUAGAUCUGGAAUUUCUACAAUUUAUGAUUCAACUAGUACAAUCAUAUUAUCCAUAUGGUUUACGAUAUACUUUAUGUCAUAAUGUACCAGGUAAAUUACGUCCAAUGUGGUCGAUUGCUAAAGUUUUUCUUGGAAGUACCGAAAGAACUAUACGAUUUUGUGAUGGUCAAGAAAUUCUAAAAUAUAUUCCAGCCGAAAAUCUACCACGUUAUCUUGGUGGUGAAUGUGAUUUAGAUUUCACUGAUCUAGAAGUAACAAGACAAUGUCCAUCGAUCAAAGAAUUGGGUCCUAAACAUGGUUUCACUGAAAAAGAGAUGGAAAAAUAUUAUAAAAUAUUUGAACCAAAUCUUGAAGAAGCAGAAAAAUUGGCCAAAUAUGGUGUUCGAUAGUGAUUUUUUAAAGAAAAAAAUUUUUUAUUAAAAAUUUAAAAACAAGUUUUUUUUAAUAAAUUCAAUAUUAUG